UCGUCUGAGCCUGUGUAGUGGGCUCUCGAGGCUGUCACAUGGUAAUUGUUUUCUGGGCGGUGCCGAGAUGCCUGUAAAAGAGUAAAAAAAUGUCUUCUUUGCGUGAUGGUAAAAAGCUUGUUCGGUCGCCCAGCGGCCUUCGGAUGGUCCCGGAGAAUGAAGCAUUUUAUAGCCCUUUCUCCUUGGAUGAACCUCAGUGGGUGCCAGAUAAGGAGUGCCCAAGGUGCAUGCAGUGUGAUGCAAAAUUUGAUUUCAUAAUAAGAAAGCAUCACUGCAGAAGGUGUGGCAGAUGUUUCUGCGACAAGUGUUGUAGUAAGAAAGUGCUUCUGCCUCGUAUGUGCUUUGUAGACCCAGUCCGUCAGUGUGCAGAAUGUGGGCUUAUAUCACAGAAAGAAAUGGAAUUUUAUGACAAGCAGCUGAAAGUACUUAUGAAUGGUGCCACAUUUCUUGUAAGCUGGGAAUCUUCAGAAAAAUCUGAGAAAACUGUUUGUCGAUUAUCCAAUAAUCACAGGUCUCUCUUUCUGGAUGGCGAAAACCAUUAUGAAGUUGAAUUUUCUCGUAUAUCAUCUGUCCAGAUACUUACAGAUGGCUUCACCCCUGGAGAAAAAGAUAUUCACACUUACACAAGUCUGUUGGAGAGCCCAUACAUUAUUGAAGGUGGUAAUAGUCGUGCAACAGGCAUGUUAAUUCUUUAUGGGACAACUGGUAAAGAGGAACAGCAGCAACUGAAACUCACUGCAACUGAUGAUUAUAAUGGCAACCGGAAGCUAUCUGUCACUUGGUUAUCAGCUAUGCACAAGGCAGUGAAACUCAUGUACGAGUCAAGAGAUCAGUAAAUCUGGAAAAGGCACUCAUGCUUGAAGCUAGGAGCUCACUAGUAUUUGAAUGGGAAAUAACGAAGACCAGCUCCAAGACACAGACCCUGGUUUUAUUGCCUGUAUGGCACACAACACUUUUAUAUUUUUUCUAUUUUCUGAAAUGUGUUUGGUAAUUAUUUUAUAAAUGCUGUUGAAAUAUUUUGGAGCCAUAAGUAUUGAUUUAAUAUAUAUGCAGCAAUGAGAGUUUAAUGUUUUAAGCAAUUUUUAUUUCAAAAUAUAAAUGUCAUCUACUUUACAGGUCAAAGACUGUGGUCAGUCAUAUCAUAUCCAGUUCAUUGCAGAUGUUCCAAAUCUUUUUAAAUUAAUUCUGUUAUUUUAUAUUUAGAAACAGUGGUUGGUUGAUUGUAUAAGUUCAAGCUAUAACAGAAAGGUCCCAUUUACUGUGUUGUAUUGCUAUUUUAAAGUAUAACUUACAAAGCAACUGAAGUACCACUACAGCUGAUUUGUGAGUUACUCCUGUGCCUGUCUACAAAGCACCAUUAAACUGGAGUAAAUCACAGUAAGAGCAAGCUUUUAUCAUCUGGCUUACCAGCUGCACCAUUCGAAGACAGAGAGUACUGACUUUGAAGUUCUUUAUCAAAGGCCUACUGAAAGUCCAUUUAUGUUUUUUCUAGCCAUGCUUCCUUUGUUGAAUUAUGACACUGUAAAGUAAAACAGUCACGAUAAAA